CUUAAUCACAAUACAAGACUUUGAUAUUUACAGGAAGAAGGUAGUGUACGCGGUGCGCUUGAGGAAUCAGGAAAGGAAAGCUGCAUAAACGGUUGUACUGACUUCUACAGCUUGCACACUUCCAUUUAAAAAUUUCGUUAGCACCUAGAAGUUAUGGGGCAACCAGCUUCUGUCAAGCGCCGGAAAAGGAAGGUGGGCAGCUUCCAAGUGCUAAAAAACCGUAAGCGGGUCACAAGACGCAAAAGACAUCAAAAGACCAGUGGUCUGCCUCAGAUUGGUCUGGAAGCUGGAACCGGAGGCCAGUGUUUAAUGACCCGUGUCGAGCAAGGGGGUCUUGUCGCAAACCUAAAAACGCAUUUUAAGCCAGACAAGAAGAUGUUUAUUGAAGGCAUGGGAGAGCGGCUAACUAAGAAGCCGCAGCCCCAGCCAGAGAAGAGCACAGAUAACAGACUUGUGGAGAACGUCAAUGAAUUGAGAACCAAAGCCAAGGCAAAAGUGUUGGCGCGUCGUGGGGUUGUUAUGUCUAAACCCCUGGUGAAGCGCCUGGAAUAUUUCCUGGACAGAUACGGCGAGGACUAUAAGGCAAUGACGCUGGACCCAAUGAACUACGACCAGUGGACCGAGAGGCAACUUAGGGUUAAAGUUGCGAACUUCAAACAAACGUCUUUCCAGUUUGCCGAGUAUCUCAAGGACCGAGGCUUGCUGCAGCCCCACCUAAUUAGUCCUAAUACGACUGACGAUGCUGAAAUGACUGAAGAAAAUUCCUCAGCGGAAGCCAUCAAAAAGUUUGAGAAGAAAGUCGCUGCGCUGCGUAGAUCGGAGGCCAAAUUCACCGAGCGUAUAACGGCCAAAACCCCUGCACCCGCUCUCAUCCGUGAACUCCCGCCUCAGUCUGAUGACGAAGGAGAGGAAGAAGAAACUGAUGAGGAAGAGCUAGAAACGUGUGUAGAACAAACAACCAUUAAUAAACCCGGCAAGAAAAGUAACCAGAAACGCCGCCAGAGAAAGAAAGAGGCAAAACAGGCUAAAUUAAAAAGACUGCAAAAAAUUGUAAGAAAAUCUGUUUGAUUACAGGGUUGUUUCAUUACCGGACACGUCUUAGUAUGGUGAUUGUUCAUUAAUUUAUAAUAAAAGCUUACUCGUUGUGCACUUUUA